CAUUGUAUUUAUAUACACUCCAACCUCUGCAGCUGGCUCUUCAUAUUCUUGGAGCAAAACAACGCAAACUUCUCUCAAAGAACAAAAACAAUGGAGCAAGAAAACAAUGUGAAAUCGAGAUUCAAAAGUGUGUGUGUGUUUUGUGGGAGUAGUUCUGGGAAAAGGGACUGUUACAGAGAGGCAGCAAUUGAGCUAGGGCAGGAGCUGGUUGCCAAAAGAUUGGAUCUUGUGUAUGGUGGAGGCGGCAUUGGGCUGAUGGGGCUGGUGGCGCGUGCCGUUCAUGGCGGCGGCGGACGUGUUCUUGGGAUCAUACCGAGACCUUUGAUCGGCAAAGAGAAAACUGGGGACACUGUUGGGGAGUUGACGGUGGUGGCUGAUAUGCACCAGAGGAAGGCCGAGAUGGCCCGCCAUGCUGAUUGCUUUAUUGCUCUGCCAGGUGGUUAUGGAACGUUGGAAGAGCUCUUGGAGGUCAUCACAUGGGCCCAGCUUGGCAUCCAUCACAAACCUGUGGGGUUACUAAAUGUUGAUGGUUACUACAACUAUCUGUUAACCUUCAUUGACAAAGCAGUGGAUGAUGGGUUCAUAAAGCCAUCUCAACGCCACAUAUUUGUCUCAGCACCAAAUGCAAAAGAGCUUGUUCAGAAACUGGAGGAGUAUGUGCCUGUGCAAGAUGAAGAAGUUGCCAAGUUGAAUUGGGAGGUUGAGAUUGAGCAAGUAGGAUUUGCUGCUGCUCCAGUCAAACAGACUGAAGUUGCUCUUUGAUCAAUUAGUGAAAAAAGAAAAAAAAGAAAAAGAAUGUAGGGAGACUUUGUUUGAUUUAAGUUAAGGUAUCUGCACUAAUCAACCGAGGCCUACCAUAUAUGGUGUGGUGCAAAGACAAUGACUAGGACAAGAAUUUGGACACAGUAGCUUCUUCUUGUAAUUUUGGAAGUGGGGAAAUAUGCUUUUGUAUGUAUCUCUCCCUCUCUCUCUAUAUUGAUAUUUAUAUGUAUGUGGUGUUGAAGGAUA